UUUUUUUGAGGGUGGGGAAGGGGUCCUCUGAAACUGAAGAGGGUGGCAUGUGCCACUCAGCUGAUGAGUUUCACAUUGCAGACGACAAUGCUGGUUGCUAUGGUAACUGGGAUAUGGACAAAUGAAGAAAAGGUGGCAGUAGUGCACUUGUAGCUGUGGUCAGUAGAGUGGAAUAGAACUGGUUAUCCCAUAUCGACACACGAGGCAGACGGAUCACCGGAGUAAAAUAUAUCAACUGAUUUUCUCCUAUAAAAAUGAAGACAGUUUUUAUGCAGCAAAUUAUCUCAUAUAUCCAGUCAACAACAUGAUUCGAUGUGAUAAAGACAUUUAGGUUAAGACGCUACCAUUGCUGAAAGGGUCCUUUUUACAGCAAUAAAGAAUUGACUGGGUUUUGGAAGUCAAAGGAAGGAUUCUGUCACACAUUUUCUAUAUGCUACAUGUUGAAGAUGUUUACUGAAAAAUUUAACAACUAGCAAGUUCAGAUGGCCAUGACAGCACCACCAGGACAAGCAGAUAGAAAACAGGGAUCAGGAUUUGUAACUCAGCACGUAAACCACAGCAUGGCCCCAAGUACUAGCAGUUCCAGACCUACUCGGAGGCAAAACAAAAUGGCAGGUGUGAUAUUUGACAGGGUCAACCUGCAGGAGCUGAAGGAUGGUAUUGACAGCCUGUUUGUGGUGCUGGGAGAGAUCAUGGAGAUGGCUCAGACAGAUAUCAAAGCUACAAGUGAGCCGCAUCAGUUCCUUAUGGAUAAACUGCAUGACGUACAUGAGGAUCACUGGUCCAGUAUCCGUACCAAAUUCCUCAGAGAAGAGUACAUAGGCUAUCACCAUGGCAACUUUACAAAAGAGGAGACUCAUGACCCUGGCAAGAUGUUUCUAGAUUUUAUCCAGCAGGUAGAGUUCUGUCGGGAGGCAGUGCAUGAAAAGGUUGAAGAAGAGCUGAACAGAGAGAAAGAGCUCAAGAUGGAAAUCAGAAAGUUAUUAGAAAAAAAUGCAGAAGUUGAGGCAGAAAUCAGAGACACAAAAUGGAAGCACAGCCAAGAUGUCAUAGAACUCAAAGCUCUACAGAAAAAAUAUGAACACCUGGAAGAAGUGGUGAAGAAAAAGACAACGGAUGUACAAGAGUUGCAGAGAGCUGGAAAUGUCCAAUUAUGGCAGAAAGAGAAGGGAAGACUUUUAGAAAAAGUCUCAGAAAGAGAAAAGAAGCUGGAGACAGAGAUGAUUGAACUAAAACGAGAAAAUUCUUCAUUGCUGAGACAGCUCCAGAAUGCAGAUGCAGAGUUUAAGAAAUAUAAAAUGGCAGAAGACAAGAAGAAAGCGUCUGGUGGAGAUGAGGCAGAACAAGAAACUGAAGAAUUGAAAAGACUUUUAUUUACAUUACAAAAGGAUGUUCAGAGAACAGAGAGCGAACUUUUUAAGCAACAAAAACACAUAAUAGGGAUUAUACAAGGGUUCAAAAAAGAUUUCAAAGUUUUAAUAGAGAGAUUCAUGUCAGAGAAUGGCGGCAUCCUUCCCGCAGAUGUUCUUAGUCGCCGUGACAUUGAUGUGAUGAGGCAGAGGCUGGAGAGAGUCAUAAGUGCUACUGCUGAAGGGAGGCUGUCGUAUCUGUUAGCUGAGUUACCAACACAUUAUAUGGGAAUCGACAGAGAUAUAAAAGUACCUACUAGUGUAAAAAAGAUGACUCCUCAAGAAAGAUUGAACCAACUCCUGGGAACAAAGGCUUCCAUUUUGACUCCAGGUCUGAAGGCAGCGCAACCGCUGCCACCUAUUGCCAAAAACAAAGAGGCAGAAAAAGACACAAAAUCUGACAAAUCCACCGAGCAAAGCAGGGACUCCGAGAACCCACAGUUGGUUGAUCCAAAGACAGGAAAACUGAAGUCAAUAACUGUGAUCAAACAUUUCCCCUUCAUGGCCAUGAGUUAUAUUCAGGACCAGUGGGAACAAUUCAAAAAGUAUGAUACAAGUGGUGAUGGGGAGCUGGACAUCACAGAGAUUAUGCAGGCCAUUAUGCCAAUCGUGGGAGAGGAUUUUACUGCAGAGCAAGUUCAGGAAGCCAUUCAUGAAAUUGACCUGGAUCAAACCAACACAAUUGACUUCUACGAAUAUCUGCUCAUAUCAAACCUACUGAUCAAUAAAACUGGCAAAGCGCAUAUCUUUAGAAGUGGCAUAGCACAGGAGAAAGCCAAGAUAGUAUCUAAAACAUGCUCAAUACAGUAGACUCUGAUAGUAGUCUUUCUUUUCUUAAACAAUCUUCACUUAACAUAAAGGUAAAAGGACAAAGGUAUUAGGUGAUGAUGAAUAGGUAAUGAUGAUAAUAAUUUAAAGAUUAGUAAAUUUAGUUAAAUACAUAGGAUUUCCCCUACAUUUUUUCUUCCCUCAAAAACGUGAAAAGGGUGUUGAUCUACUACUAAUUUAGGUUAUUUUAGCAACUCACAAGCAGAAAAAGGAAAAAGCCAUGUUUGCAAAAUCUUGCUUAAGACGGUUUUGAGAAGUUCAGUUCUGUUUCAUAAACGGUAUUUUCUGAAUGAGUGAGUGCAGUCAACAUUUUCUUGAAUCAAAUGUGCUUCAUAUUGUAUUUUUAUAAGUAAACAUUUAGUGUAUAUAAGAACUGGUGUUAUACACUGCAGUCUCCAUGACCAGACUGUUUAUCUGUUUUGCUAGGUAUUGUAAAUACACGAAGAUAUGGGGGAAGAUACAGCCUUUUUUUCACUACUGAGAUGUGUAUAAUGAAGUCUUGUGUCAUUUUUGUUGUCUGUUAAUAUGGUACAAAAAUUUUGAUUAAUUUAUUGUUUUGCUUCAUAAUGACUGUUGAUUGAUAUAUCAAUGUGGCUUUUUGCAGUAUUGCCAUUUUUGUUUUUAGCUCUCCG